CAUUUGUCCAUAAUAACACCGCCUAGACAAAUUCACUUAGCUAAUAAACCUAGAGAGAGAAAGAAAUAGGAAAGUUGUUUUCCCAUUUUUAUUUUUCUCUUUCCUAAUCUUUCCGACGAUAACGGCGCCGGCGAUUUUAGGGUUUCCAAUUGAACGAUGAAAAUCUUUAUCAAGACUCUUAAAGGCACUAAUUUCGAGAUCGAAGCUAGUCUCGAUGACACUGUUGCAGAUGUGAAGAAAAACAUUGAGAAAGUACAAGGUGCAGAGACCUAUCCUGCUGGCCAACAAAUGCUAAUUCAUCAGGGAAAGGUUCUUAAAGAUGCAACAACAUUGGGAGAAAAUAGUGUUGCUGAGAAUAGUUUCCUAGUUGUUAUGUUAAGUAAGAAGCCUGCUACAGCUGGAUCUUCUUCUAUCACUGCCGCACCUGCCACUCAGGUUCAGCCGCAGAGUACUACAGCUCCUACAUCUGCCCCUGCUGCACCAGCUGCAGCUGCACCUCAAGCUCAGACGCAAGCCACUCCAGAACCAGCACCUGCAGCCCCUGCUACCUCAGGUGAAGCAGAUGUCUAUGGUCAAGCUGCAUCAAAUUUAGUUGCAGGAAGCAACUUGGAGACCACCAUCCAGCAGAUGCUUGACAUGGGUGGAGGAAGUUGGGACAGAGAUACAGUUGUUCGCGCUCUACGUGCUGCGUAUAACAACCCUGAGAGGGCUGUUGAAUAUUUGUAUUCGGGAAUUCCUGAGCAAGCUGAAGUUCCACCAGUUGCCCGAACUCCUGCUGUGGCUGCUGUUACUGGUCCUCCUGGUGGACAGGCUGGGAAUCCUCUUGCCCAGCCACCACAAGCCGCUGUACCAUCUAGUGGUCCCAAUGCAAGCCCAUUAGAUCUUUUUCCACAGGGUCUUCCAAAUGUGGGUUCAAAUGCCGGUGCUGGCUCAUUAGAUUUUCUUCGUAAUAGUCAGCAGUUUCAAGCAUUGCGAGCAAUGGUGCAAGCCAAUCCCCAAAUUUUGCAGCCUAUGCUCCAAGAACUCGGAAAGCAGAAUCCACAACUUAUGCGUCUAAUUCAGGAUCACCAGGAUGAUUUUCUUCGCCUUAUUAAUGAACCUGUUGAAGGGGAAGGGAACUUGCUCUCCCAGUUGACCUCUUCAAUGCCGCAAACCGUGUCUGUGACUCCAGAAGAGCGUGAAGCCAUUGAACGUCUCGAGUCUAUGGGUUUCAGACGGGCUACAGUUCUUCAAGUCUAUUUCGCAUGCAACAAGAGCGAAGAGCUUGCUGCAAAUUAUCUCCUAGAUCACAUGGACGAGCUUAUAAACGAGGAUGAUGAAGGCGCUUGAAAUCAAUUGCUUGUUAUGCUCGACCCCCGCUUCUUACCCUUCAGCAACUCCGGUUUUUUUACUGCUUGCAAAUAGAUUCGCGUUUAUAAUUUUUUCGGCAAUGUGAAGACAGUUAUGCUGAUUAGUUGCAAACCUUGGAUGUAUAUGGAAUGAGCUAGAUAUUAACUUUUUCAGUUUGAUGUUCAACCUUUUUCAAAGUU